ACAAUUUGAGAUCAUGCUUUUUACCUGUCGAUAUGAUAUCGUAUAUAAAUGAUGAUUAUAAUCACCAUAACUCACAAGCUUUGAUAUUAACUUUUAUAAAAUGAGCGGUAGUGGGAUUGGAGGUGGUGGCAGUAGUGGUGGAGGUUCUGGUCGUGCACACUUUCGUAGCCAGUUAGGCUGUUGUAUAUGUGGAACAAAGUCAUCAUCCUCUCGUUUUACCUCUAGUCAACGAUAUGCUGAGCAUUUUGGUGCAUGUUUUGGUCCACAGGGGACUACACGUUCAGGAGAUUUAUGCAAUGCAUGCGUUCUUUGUGUUAAACGUUGGCUUCAACGGGGUAGACAACCGAACUUCUUUGUACAGGUUCUUGACAGUAAGAAAGGUCCUGGACCGAAACAUAUGAAAGAGAUUACUAAACGAGCUCGUCGUCGGGAAGCCAAACAACAAGCGGCUGCUGCUAUCGCUUCAUCUGUAAGUAAAGAACAGAAAUCUGUAAAAUCUGCUUCGAUUACUACCACUACCCAUACUCCUACUACACGUUCGUCUUGUGGAAACGGUCAUCAUUGUUUGAAUAGCAGUUCCGGCUCACGUGGCAAUCUUCAUUACACACAAACAAAUCCGAAACCGGAGCAUUAUUCGCAUACAUCACCUAGUUGUAUUCAUGUUCAGUCGAAUAUGUUUUCCCAGCAAUCUUAUAUGGGAGGUACGACACGAUCAAGUGCACAACACUCUCAGGCAUUAUCAAAUGGAUUAAGGUGUUCUUCGCAUAACAAUAGCAACAAUAAUCGUAAUAGUAAUUCCCACUGUUAUAAUCGAUCAUUAAAUCAUAAUAAUAAUAAUAAUAAAAAUGACACUUUAGAACACAUAUGCUGUUCUUGUACAAUUUUGGAUCAGAAGGAAUAUUUAUCGACAUUAUCUCAUCCACAAGGUGCUACACGAACUCGUGCAGCUGCUGCUAGGCAAUUAGAAGCAGCCAGUGCUGCUGCCGCUUUUGCUCGAAAUACUACCGGUGUCCUAUCUACUUCAUUACCAUCGUGUAAUAGUCAUCAUCGUCAUAGUAGUAGUAACUUAGUGCUUCAUUCAGAAAACAUAAAAAUGACUACAUCAUCAGAUUCCAGUGAAAGUGAUCCUAAUAAUAGUUAUGAUAUUAACCAACAAAAAUGUUGUUCCGAAACUGCAACAUCGGCUUCAAGUUGUUCUAGUUGUUGCGCCUGUGGAGGAGGUAGCCUAAGUUGCUGCAGUGGAAGCACAAGCGGGUUCGGGUCGAAUUCUUCAGACCUGUCACUUACGAGUAGUGUUAAUUAUCCCGGAAUGAAAACUAAUACACACCACAAUAAAAAACAACACAAUUAUUCAAACUGUACAUGUCAUGAUAAUAAAACUGUUGAAAUAAGUAAUUUUUCAAUAGAUUACAAUUGUUCCACUCAACGAUCCUACUGUCAUCACCAAUCUCGACGUGCUAAUGAAUUUAGAUAUCCUCAAUUACCACAAACUGGCCAAAUCAAUAUAAAUAGUAAUGGCACAUGCGGUAACAAUAAUAGUAACGAAGAUGAAAAGGGUGCAUCUAUAUUUAUAAAUGGUAAUGCUGGAAAUUUUCAGAACUCUAAUGAUACUCAACAAACAUCUUAUGCUGCAUCGGGACAAAAUAAUUCGAUUGCAAAUACCAAUGUAGCCACAACAUCAUUAACAACAACAACAACUAUUCCUACCCGACGUUAUAACCGUAGAGUUGUCCUACCUCCAGUAAGAAUGACCCAUAACCCCGAAGUGGAUUCUUUAUUACGUGAAAUCAUGGAAAGAAAUAGUCAGGCUGUAAAUUUCGAUUCUCGUGAAAUGCAUAUGGCUGUUCAACAAGAAUUACGACUUCGUAAUCGUACCAUUCAUACUGCUGCUUCAGUUUCUGGUGGGUCCAUUUCUUCAAUUAGUUCGGCUGACGGCUCUAUAGAAGCCAAUGCCGGGUCCAGUAGUCAAACAUCAACUAAUGGCGUGAAAUGCAACCAUCGUCAUAGUUCUCCGAAUCAUGAACAUUUGGCUAAACGUCAUUGUUCACAUCAUUGUUAUUUCAGUUGCGAAUAAAAUGAAGAAAAAUGAAGAUAUUUUGUUUUCUCAUAUCUGCUUGGUCUUUAAUAUACACCACUAUCGUACAGCAUUAUCAUCUCUGUUAUUAGCACAAGUAUCAGUCUUAACAUACAUAUAUAUAAUACUCGUGUACAGGUUUGAACUGUGUACUGAGCAAUUAAUUGGCUGUUAAAGUUUAUCUGUGUGUUGUAGAAAUUUCAUUUUCAAUAUUUUUGUUUUUAAUAUUCCC